CUCUUCACUACGGAAGUCUUCCCUCGUCGACUUCCUUCCUGGUGUCUCCAGCAGCAUGGUGAACUUGGAGCAGACAGAAGACGACCCAAAACACGCAAAAAUGUCCACCGAAGUUUCAAUUUUAACCAAUCCGACAGCAAACGAACAUUCUGCGGCAGGCGGCGGUGGAGACCCAGGCGCGUUCCCAAGUCUGAUCCCGUCGUUCGCUGACGCAUGCAAGUUGGUGUCAACGCCGUACUCGUGUCUAGUCAUGGACACGCACAGAAGACAUAUUGCCCUGUCGCCCAUGUACCUGAAGAAGAAACGGACAGGGAUCCAAGAGGAACUGAACACCGAACUGCUAAGAUACUCAGAAAGUCUGAAAGGUGUGCCUCUGGCCUAUGAUGAGGUCAGUUUGCUGGGGCAGCAUGGAGACAUCUACGACGACAACGGAUACAUUCACCUCGACAUACAAGCCAACUUUGUCAUCUUCCAACCCCAGAGAGGACAGAAAUUACUGGGCACAGUUAAUAAGCUUGGUGUGAGUCACGUGGGCUGUCUGGUCCAUGGCUGUUUCAACGCCAGCGUUCCAAGGCCAGCCCACGUCACCAUGGAGACCUGGAGGGAGGCAGGACCCAGGAUAGGGGCGGAGCUGGAGUUUGAGGUCUGUCAGCUAGAUGCAGACACAGUCGGAGUGCUGCUGAUCAGAGGAAGACUUGGCAGGACACGGGUUCAGGAGCUGUUGGCAGCUGGAGAGAGUUCUUAUCCUACUGACCCCGCAGAACAGCUGGAGGAACUAGACACAGAACCUGCUCUAGAACCCAACCAGGACUCGCCUGGCGCCACCGUCAAACCCAAGAAGAAGAAAAAGGAGAAACACAGAGAGGUGGCUUCAGUACCAUCCCCCGGAGACGCGGAGGACAGCAGCACUAACGGCCACACUGAGGAGAAGAAGAAGAGGAAGGAGAAACGGCAGAACCAAGAGGAUGAGGAGAGAGAUGUGGGUGGGAGUGGUCCUGUGGAGGUGCAGGGGAGCGACUCCAGCGGUUACCUUAGUGACAAGCCAAACAGGAAGAGGAAACAGGGUGACGAUAUCACGUCCUGUCUCCAUGGAGAUCCUGAAACGCCCAAAACUAAGAAGAAGAAGAAAAAUAAAUGAUGUGACUGUGUCACUGUGACUAAAAUUGAGUGAAACUGAAUGAACAUUAAAAGAUGAUGACUAAUGGAAUGUCUUAAGUAGACCUGAUGAAUUAGUUUGGUUACAGCUUCAGCCCUAUAUGGUCUCCCAUACUGUUGGGGUGGUCUGUGUGUCUCUUGAUGCAGCUCUUUGUGUAGUUCCCUUUACAAACCUGCAGAGGGAGCCAAGUCAUUUCUAGAAGCCAUCAUGGCUCAUGGUAAAGAACUCCAGUGUUUGUUAGCAGAACGCAACAUGCUGUAGGGCUAUCCAUCACGGCUUUACCAGUGUCUUCAAAUCUGAAAUGGCACCCUAUUCCCUACAUUGUGCACUAGUUUGGGCCAGGGUCACGUAGGUUCUUUGCCAAAAGUAGUGCCCUAUGUAGGGAAUUGGGGUUUCAUUUGGAACAGAGAUGGUGUUUUGUUCUCGAGGCCCCAGAGAGAAGGGAAGAGAUGUUGCCAGUGUCUAAGUCCUUCUACAUUUGUAUAGGUGACACAUUGAAGACUUCAGAAAAGAAGAGAAGUGUUUUUAUGAAUUAAAUAAUGAUAUAUUUGGGA